GAAAACAAAUCAAAGAAAAGAAUAAUCCAACAUCACAAAGCGCUAUUGUAUUUGUUUAUGGAUGGGCUCUAACAGAAAAAUUAAAAGCAAAUCAAAAAGGUCUAACUAAACAAAUUACAAAAUGUGUCAAAAAAUUACUUACUCUAAUGUUUCAUACUGGUACAGCUAAUCCUAGGCUGAAAAUAAAUGCUAGUGAAAUGCAUGAGAAACUUUUGAAAAGGAUAGCUGAUGGAGAAACGAUAUGCCAAAAAUUUCCACAAUUGCAAACUAGAUAA